AUGGAUGACACGUCAGCGCCGUGCAGGAGCGUGCCCGUGGUGGUGAACGAAUGGGAUAGCUGCCCCGCCAUCCACGUCAGCAGAUCGUACGGCGUGCAGAUCGGCAAGGUGAGAGAGAUGGGAGAGGUGGGUGGAGCGGGAUGGAGGGAGGUGGUUGGAGGGAACGGAGUGGAGGCAGGAGGAGUUUCGGGCCAAGUGUACGGGCGGAUAGACAUGCUGCGAGUGAUGGGGGCUCGGAUCGAUGGCAUGUUGAUCACAUCCCUGGAUGUUGACACGUCAGCUGGGGCUGUCCACGUGGCGCUCUCUGGCCAUGGCCCCACGUUGCUGCGCUCCGAUAUAAGCAUCACCAAUAACGAGAUUUAUGGUGUGGAAACGCCGAUCAUUCUCGACUCGGGGGCGAUCGGUGUCACAGUCACGAACAACCUCAUCCACUCCUUUGGAUCUGCUGCGAUUCGGUGCGGUGCGGGCAACCGUGCGCAGUGCAACUACGUGUUUGGCACAGAGAGCUGCUACUGGGUGGGCGAGCAUGCAAUGGGCGUGCGUGUGAGGGGCGGUGCGUGUGUGCGCACUCCCCUGGGCGUGGUUAUGGAUAAUGGCAAGAGGAACGACAUUCGGUGGCUGAUAAUGCGGGCCAGCAGCAACACGCCAGUGACGCUCUCAUGCACUCAGCCCAAAGUGUUCAACUGUGGCAGCCCCAUCGGGCGCUACUGGGAGGGCAUGCGCCGCUCCUACUACCGAACGCCUGCCUUCACUGCU